UUUUAAAGUCGCAAUUCCUUCUAAAAGUUUGACAAAUUACAUGAUAUUGAUAAUUUCACAAUAAUUCUCAGCAAAAUAUCUUCUCACUCAAACCCUUUAAGAAGUAGGGAGGAGGUUAUCCUGCCACCCAAACGCCCUUAACUCUGGUAGGUAAUUGCACUACUAGGGCACAGAGGAGAGAGAGAGAAUUUCCUCCACAGCACAAACAAACAUUAUACUAAAACCCUCACGGUCUCACCUAUAUAAUCUUCAUUCCUUUCCAUACAUAAAUUCCAAGCAAUAUUUUAUAAUCUCUCUAGAUUGUGAUUUGUGAUGAUGGCCAGCAGAAAACUCGCCAGAGAUUUAUUCCUCUCCGAACACCUUGUUCUUAGCCGUCACCAAUUAUUAGCAUCUCAACAUAUCUACAGUAGAUUGCCCAGUCUGCAAUUGUUUCCGCCCAAUAGAAUUUUCUUUAGACGCGAAUUCAGUGUGUUCGAUGAGUUCUCCAAGAAGAUUAAAGGUGAAAUCGACAGGAACCGGGAAUUUCAACAAUCUGUGAAGGAGAUUAAGGAGAAAGCAGAGGACUUGAAAGGGGUGAAAGAGGAUCUGAAAGCUAGAACAAAGCAGACUACUGAGCAGCUGUACACACAUGUAGAUGGUGUUUGGACGCAGGCUGAAGAAAAAGCAAAAAAGGUUUAUGCUGAGGUGGAAGAAAAAAUUUCGGCUGCUAAAGAGGAGGUCAAGGAAGGUUUUGGGAUUGGGAAGCAAGAGUCUACAGGAUGCAAUGGAACUUCAGCUAGUCACAGCACAAAUGACAAAGAUGGAAGCAAGUCUGCAUUUGGUGAAGAAAAACAACAGGGUCAGCAGCAGCAAUCGGAAGCUAGUGAUAAUGCUGAAACACUAUUUAGCAAGGUCAAGUUUGGUGUUUCUUCCAUGUCACCGAAGGUUUCAUUAGCAUUUCAAAAAUUGAAGGAAGCAAAACCCAUUGACAUGGUGAAGAAGGGCUAUGACAUUGUGAAGGAGGAACUAAAAGGUAAUCCAAAUAGGAAAAAGCACCUUGAGUAUGAUAGUUCUUCAGCUGCUCCCUCACCAAGCACUCAGAGAAGUACACGCACUGAUAUUGUUGUGCUACCUUCAAAGCAGUCUCGAUGGAGUAAGAAAUGGGAGGCUUUCAAGAUUAAGAUGCAAGGCCAUCCUAUAUUCAAACGUGUUAGUGGGUUUAGCGAGCCUGUAAUUGAAAAGAGCCAGGAGAUUGCAGAGGAUAUGCGGGAGAGAUGGGAGACUAGUGAUCAUCCAGUUGUUCACAAAAUCCAAGAUAUUAGUGAAACUGUUCUUGGAGAGUCAGAUGCUGCCAUGUCAUUUAAAGAGAUUCGUCGCAGAGAUCCGACUUUUUCUUUACCAGAAUUUGUGGCUGAGGUUCAGGAAGUGGUCAAACCAGUUCUUAAUGCUUAUUUCAAAGGGGAUACUGAAGCAUUAGAGAAGUACUGUAGCUCUCAUGUAAUUGAGAGGUGUAAAGCAGAGCAUAAAGCAUUUGAGAGCCAGGGGAUCUUUUUCGAUAACAAGAUUUUACAUAUAUCGGAAGUGGAAGUUCGAGAGACCAAAAUGAUGGGAGAAACCCCCAUAAUCAUUGUGGCAUUUCAGACACAGCAAGUCUACUGUAUACGUGAUAGACUUGGCACCAUAACAGAAGGUGGCCAGGAUACCAUUCAUACGGUGUAUUAUGCCUGGGCAAUGCAGCAGUUGGAUCCAGAAGAACUUGGAGAGGGUGCUCCUUACUCCACAUGGAAGCUUAGAGAAAUGCAGCAACUUGGCGUCCGGGCCCUAAUUUGAUUAUAUUGUUUUAGCAAUGUUGAUGUAAUCUUGCCGGACGAGGAUUUUGUUCUCCUAACUCUGGUAAGGGAGAAAUUUUGAGGCCUCUCCCACUUGAGACUGAAGGUGCUAGAAAUUUAUAUCAACAAUUCUGCCGUAUUUCACCUGCAA